AUGGCUCAAAUAUAUGCUCGCAAGCUAUUUACCGCCUUUGCAUGCAAUACCUCAACAGCAGUACGUGCAGUGACAAUGUGCAUUAAGCGUCCUUACGCAAAGGUUGCAUCACCUGAAGAUUAUGGUUAUUACACGGAUCCUCUGGAAGGACAUGAGGAAUCAAUGGCUAGAAGACAGCUCGUUGCGACUCUUGCUGGUGAUGAUCGCUAUGAAACAAAGGUAUAUUACAAACUGGAAGAUUCUUCACCAGAAAAGCCGAAUUUGAUUCCAUCGGAUUACGAUUAUCGUCUUUUAGCAUGUUUCUGUGAACCAGAUACAACCUUCCCUGUGUUAUUCGUUUUGCAUGAAGGUGAACCGCAGCGUUGCCGUUGUGGCCACUGGUUUAAACUAAUUGACCAAGAAGGCGCCGAUCACCUCUGA